UUCUGACGAGGGAACCGCGGGCAGCCAAAGCGUGCGGCUCCUCGCCGCGAUCUCCUCCCCUCCUCCUCUCCGGUGGUCGCCCUUGACCGUGCCGGGCAUGGUGGAGUCCACCCAAUCCCGCGGCGACUCGGGUUCUUCGGCAGUUAAACGGAAGUGCCCACCCUGCCAACAAGACGACGGCGACGGCACCGGUUCAAACGCUCACAAUGGAAUCAACUCAUCAUGGAACAGCCUUUCCGAGGAUGUCGUGCAUCAUAUACAUGCCCUAAUGCCGCUGCGAGACGCCGCACGUGCUGCGUGCGUGUCUCGGUCAUUUCGACGUUCCUGGAGACACUAUCCUAAUCUCACCUUCGGUAUGCAACAACUGGGCUUGAUUAGAAAAGCAGGAACAGUGGACGAAGUAGCAAUGGAUCUUGUAAGCAGAAUUGACCAUAUCGUUGGAAAUCAUUCAGGCACCGGAGUGAAAACGCUUGAGCUCCAACUCCCCUGGAACUGGAACAGACUCGACACCUCUUACGUCGACAGGUUCCUCAAGGCUGCCAUUGCGCCCGGUAUCCAAGAACUCACUGUGAUGCCGCCCUUAUUACAGCGUUACAACUUCCCGUGCUCGCUUUUAUCAGGCGAGAGCGGGCGGUCGAUUCGGUAUCUUAACUCACCAAUUCUAGUUUCCAUCCCACCGCCGGACUUGGUUGCCUGACAAGAUUGCACCUGCAGUCCGUGCGUAUCGGCGACGACGAGUUGGGGUGCUUCCUUUAUGAGUCUUUGGCUUUGAGGCAUCUGCGACUCUCUGAUUGUGGUGAGAUCAUCUGCUUGAAGAUACCUUGCCUGCUGCGGCACCUCAGGUCCGUGGAGGUGUUUUGAGUGUGAGAUGCUACAUGCAAUUGAGAGCAAUGCCCCAGAUAUCUCUACUGUCGACCUUGAACUUGGCGACCAAGUGGAUUUCUCACUCUCACUGGGAGAUGGUUCAUCUCAAGUGAAGCAGCUCCGAAUAACACCUGCAUCCCCAAGUUACGCUCUCGGCAAGCUUCCAUCAAUCACACCCGGUGUUGAAGUCCUUGACAUAUUGUUGUUGCCACACGAGCAGGUGAGCACACCAAUGGUGCCCGGCAAAUUCCAACACCUCAAGUACUUGAAUAUUUCUCUCCCUGCUGUCUCGGCAGCAGAUGAAUAUGAUUAUUUGUCUCUGUUAGCUUUUCUUGAUGCUUCUCCUGCCUUGGAGACUCUCGUCUUGAGCGUAAGUCCUGUUAUAUAGCCAUUGAUUCAACAAUUGAGUAUUAUUACCGUUUCUUUACAAAGUCUGCUUAUUAAUUAACUCAGAUUAUCAUGCCUAUUGUCUUUAGCUGAUCAUAGAUUUCUAUUUUUACUUCAAAGCUAAGUAAUUUAGAAAAUAAAAUAAUCUCUUUUCAUAAAUACACGACACCGUAAAAAGCUUGCAAUCAAACUUUGUCAACUCUCUUCGAUAUAGUAAACCAUUUUGACUGGUCAGGUUACAGUUGUUCCGUUAGAUUUGUCAGGGAUCACACAAUAUCAUAUUUUUUCAUUAAAAUAGUUAUAUGAAAAGCAACGGCCAAACAUGCAUAUUUGAGAUUGUAACAAUGCUCGAAACAUCAUUUAUUUAUGAACAAGUGGAGUAUUUAGUAACAUACAUAGAUAAGGCGCAUCUCAUGCUAAUCUUGUCUUUGAGCCCAUUUUUAUUUUUCAGCUGGUUCAUCUAGAACUAUUGUCAUUUUUGUGAGAAGUAGUUGACAUCAACAUAUU